AUGAGAAGCAUCCAUGGUGAAGCCAUCACAGCAAUCUGCUGCCGCAGGCGGUUCGACGACUUGCUGGCCGCAUUCAAACAGGCCACUCUGAAGGCCCUUCGUUCGUCAGGCACGGAAGAGGAAUACAACAAGCGUGAUCAGCUCCUGCAGGGCAUCGUUGACUUGAUUGAUGCGGCAGCUACAAAGAAGAAUACGUUAGAGCAAGUUCAAGAUAAGCGAGAGACCGAUGGCCACCUCAUCCAUGAGGCGGCGAUCGUGAGUAUGAAAAGAAAAGCUGUCGACGACGAAAGGCUGCCUGUGGUUGCCACGUUUACCGAGAUGAAGAUGAUGCUGGAAUCAAACAAAAUCAAAGCAGAAGAAGUUGCGACCAAGAAGGAAGAAAUCAUGCUCGCCCAGCAGAAGCUGGAACUCGAACGCGCACGAUAUGAACUUGACAAGGCUGAGCGUGAAAACCGUUUUGCACUUGAAAAGAAGGAGCGCGAGGUGCAGAUGGAGUUCAUGCGUAGCACAAUUGAAAUGAUGCGUGCAUUGACAAAAUAG